AUGUCGCCUGCUCAUUAUCGCAACGGCAUUCUCAGCAAUUCCAGAAUUCUUGUUCGCCAUGUGAAACCCCCAUAUGAUAUCCAAUUCCAGGUGAAUGCUAUCUUCAGUCGAAGAAUAUCCAAAGAGGCGGGGACUGAAAUCUCCAGGAUAGCGAAGGGAAAGUCCAACCAGUUUACUGCUAUUGCCAAAGCAAACCGUCGACAAGAUGACUGCGUCGAGGUAGUCAUUACGGCUCUCGACACUCUGGACAAGGAGAAGAUCUUCGCCUUUGUUGGAAAGGCUGAUUGGACUGGCAACCUAAAAGCCAAUCCUCCGCAAUUAUUCGGUAAGCAGCAAAAAGGUGGAUGGAGUGCGUCGAGUGCGGAUUAUGUCGAACAAGUGUGCAUGUUUUCUGUUGGACCAAUCUAUGGGUUCAUAGUUGAUCGGUAUUGA